UUGUAGUUGGAUAUUGGGAGUGUCUUAAGUGAUUUUACCUCCAGCUAUGCUGGACGUCAGUCGUCCCUUGGUAUUUUCUCCUCGCUCUUUUAAUCUUUCGACGACGGAAAUUUUCAACUUAAAGGGUAGGAUGCAGGUAUCGGUAAGCCCUGAGGUUCUGGAAUUGAGGUGCUUGAGUACCCAGGCAGAUCCCCAACCGAAAUGGCGGCAAUAGCUUCUCAAGUCGUGGAAAGAGCAUUGGUUGAUUUGCUGGAUAUCCGCACGCCUGCUUCCUACCCUCAAUGGGAGGAUAUAAUUAAGGAAGGCGCUGUCUACCUAUCCAAGGUCGGGGCAGGUUCUACCUCCAGCUCUUACACUUGAUUUUACGUCAAUUAAACUCACAAUGUGCCAACCUUGUCUUCCAAUUAUUUCCAUAUUCUUUCAAGGCUCGAGGACCAACGACAGCCGCCACGCUCACAUUACCACAUUGCCAUUUACCCUAAGUCAACAUGUCGAAGAGAGGGUUGAAAAGGAAGCCAGGCCUUCAACUGCUUUCGGACCAAUCGGAUGGCCUAUUCAUCAAGGACAAUAACGCCAAACGGAACAAACUCGGUGAUACAAACAAGAGAUUGUCACGUCUUGACGAAUACGAAAAGGACGAGGGCCGGGAAGGUAGCCGAAAUUUCCAGCGAUGGGCCGAGAUUUUCGAAAGCAACACUAAAGGCGAAAUGAUGAAAUCCAAGACUUUCAUGAAGAACUUCGGAGAGAAGAUUAAGAAGCAAAAUGAUUGUAUGCGGUUAUUCAUGCAAGUACGAGAGAAGGAAUUCGCCGAAAGCGAAGGUCGAUUUGUGGGAGCUUUCGCGAGGCUUUAUUCCACUGCGGCUGUCUCUUCUGGAACAUUUGGUGCUAGCAAGGAAGAUCACGUCCUAUUCAAAGACGCCCAGUCUGUCAUUUCGGGAGGUUACUCUCUUCUCAAGCAAUUCAAGGAGACAGACGAGCAGCUCAAGAACUUCAAGAUCGAUCUGCCCAUAGCGAAGUGGAAGCAAGAUGGACGGGAUGUGAAAGAACUCCUCGCCUGCGGUCGCGAGUAUGGAGAGAAACUUAUCGAAAGAAAUCUCGCCCCGGAUUCUUAUCCGUCUCCCCAUCCUGAUAGGUACAAGGCAGACGAGAAAAAUGAUAUGGUCUCGGAGCUUUUCAAGGACAGCGGCAAGGCAACGGAUGGAGACAGCUGGGGUACGAUUGCUGCAGACCAGGUGAAGAAGUUAUCUGCUGUUGCCAAGACCAUUCCCAUCAAGGCUGUAGAGCGAUCCAAAUACCGAUCUUGAAGGGAAUAGGCGAGCUCGUGAGAUUUGGGACGAUAUACAUUACGCCAUACAGCUAUCCUAGCUACCUGCUAAUAUGUGGAGUUGAGGUUAUUAGAUUUUGACGGAGAAUGUCUGGAAGAGAAGAUAAGCUACUAAAGUGUAUAUGCGUAUUCUAAGCAAAUAGCUACAUUUAGCUGGCGCAAUUGGAACGAUUUCACGGAAAAUGAAGCUAUCACCGUUGAAUAAUAGUGGGUCU